AUGGCAGAGCAAAACAUUAAGAAGGGGUCUAGCCGACGCGCUCGUGGUGGUGGCAGCAGGCACGCCCUCGACGUGCAGAAGGACGCCGGCGGGUUCGUGGACCUGUACGUGCGGCGGAAAUGCUCCGCCAGCAACCGCAUCAUCGGCGCCAAGGACCACGCGUCCAUCCAGAUGAACGUGGCCGAGGUGGACAAGGUGACAGGCAGGUUCAAUGGCCAGUUUAAAACCUAUGCUAUCUGCGGGGCUAUCCGCAGGAUGGGUGAGUCAGAUGACUCCAUUCUCCGACUGGCCAAGGCCGAUGGCAUCGUCUCAAAGAACUUCUGACUGAAGAG